GUGGAGUCCAGUGUCCAAACAUCAGUGCUCUGCAGGAGGUGAGAAGGUGCAAUGACCAUCCCUGUACUGUCUACCACUGGCAAACUGGUCCAUGGGGACAAUGCAUCGAGGACUCUUUCAUUCCAUCAACCAACACAUCUGUGGGCCGUACUCGUGGAGAUGAUGUCUCCUGUUCUGUGGGGAUGCAAACCCGCAAAGUCAUUUGUGUCCGGGUGAAUGUGGGCCAGGUUCCUCCCAAAAAGUGUCCGGAGAGUGUUCGUCCAGACACUGUCAGGCCAUGUUUGCUGCCAUGCAAGAGAGACUGUAUUGUCACCCCAUACAGUGAUUGGAGCCCCUGUCCAUCAACAUGUCAGACAGGCGGUAACACUAAAAAGAAGCAAUACAGGAAACGGCUCAUCAUCCAGUUGCCAGCUAACGGAGGACAGGACUGCCCUGAGGUACUGACCCAGGAAAGAGAUUGUGAGACUCCCUCUGUCUGUGAGGGAUACAGAUGGAAAACUCAUAAGUGGCGAAGAUGUCAAUUGGUUCCAUGGUCUGUUCGUGAGGGCAGUCCUGGGAAUCAAGAGCUCUGUGGGCUAGGUCUCCAGGUUCGAGCUGUUUCAUGCCGAAAGCAGGAUGGUGGACAAGCAGACAUUGAAGCUUGUCUUAAGUUUGCUAGCUCCAUGCCAUCUCUCACCCAACCCUGUCAGGUGCCCUGCCAGGAAGACUGUCAACUCAGCAGCUGGUCCAAGUUUUCUUCCUGUACAGCAGAUUGUGUGGGUGUCAGAACCCGCAAAAGGAUGCUAGUAGGGAGAAGUAGAAAGCAUGACCAGUGUAAAAACAACCAGCUGUAUCCCCUAAGUGAGACCCAGUACUGCCCAUGUAAUAAAUACAAUGCCCAGCCUGUAGGCAACUGGUCGGACUGUAUCCUAUCCGAGGGUGGUCGCAUGGAGGGUCAGCUUGGCAUGAAGAUACAAGGUGACAUCAAAGAGUGUGGCCAAGGGUACCGCUACCAAGCCAUGGUGUGCUAUGACCAAGACAACAGGAUAGUGGAGACUUCUCGAUGCAACAGCCACGGGUAUAUCGAGGAAGCCUGCAUCAUUCCUUGUCCAUCUGACUGCAAACUAAGUGAGUGGUCCAACUGGUCUCGCUGUAGCAAAUCAUGUGGCAGUGGGGUCAAAGUUCGCUCUAAAUGGCUCCGAGAAAAACCAUACAAUGGUGGCAGACCUUGCCCUAAAUUGGACCAUGUCAACCAGGCUCAAGUCUAUGAGGUGGUGCCUUGCCUCAGUGACUGUGGGCAGUAUGUGUGGGUGGCAGAGCCUUGGAGUGUGUGGAAAGUCAGCAAUGUGGACCUGAAUGACAACUGUGGUGAAGGUGUUCAAACCCGAAACGUCAAGUGCAUGCUGAACACUAUAGACGGGCCCUCUGAACAGGUGGAGGACUAUUUGUGUGACCCAGAGGAAAUGCCUUUAGGGGCCCGCAAGAGCCACCUGCCCUGCCCGGAAGACUGUGUGUUGUCAGACUGGGGAGCUUGGAGCCCAUGUCCACUGCCAUGUAGUGAGAACAGCACCCGGGAGAGGAGUGCUUACCCGCUCCGACAGCCAGGAGAAAAGAAGGAGUGUCCACCGACUGAAGAGACAGAGCCAUGCAAACUCAACAGGAACUGCUUUCACUACACCUACAACAUCACUGAAUGGAGUACCUGUCAGCUCAGUGACAAAGCAGUGUGUGGAAAUGGAUUCAAAACCCGCAUGCUGGACUGUGUGCGUAGUGAUGGUAAAUCUGUAGACCUCGUCUUCUGCAAAGAGCUUGGUCUGGAGAGAAAGUGGCAAAUGAAUGCAUCCUGUGUUGUGGAGUGUCCUGUUAAUUGCCAGCUGUCUGACUGGUCACCAUGGUCUGGCUGUAGUCACACAUGUGGACUGGCAGGCAAACUGUGGAGAAGACGGACAGUGAUCCAAGCUCCGCAGGGUGAUGGGAGGCCAUGUCCAUCCCAAAUGGAACAGUGGAAGCCCUGCCUGGUGAAGCCCUGCUACAGGUGGAGAUACAGCGCCUGGUCUGAGUGCAAAUCUGAGGGAGCGAGGUGUGGAGAAGGUCUGAGAUUCAGGAAUGUGUCGUGCUUUGUGUCAGACGGUUCAGGUCGACAGGAUGGUAGUGCGGUGGACGAUGAACUGUGUGGAGAUCUGGAGCCCUCAGUAGAAGGAAACACACAAAUAGUUCUGCAGGAACCCUGUACUGUACCCUGUCCAGGAGAGUGCUACUUGACAGACUGGACUGUUUGGAGUUCAUGCCAGCUAAGCUGCAUAAAUGGAGCUGACCUGGGCUUCGGUUCAGUCCAAGUUCGAUCCAGAGCCGUGGUGGCCCAGGAUCCAGAGAACCUGCUGCAGUGUCCAGAACAAGAGCUUGAAGCACGACCGUGUACAGACGGUGAAUGUUUUGAUUACAAGUGGAAAUCUGGACCGUGGAGAGGCUCGUCUCGGCACGUCUGGUGUGAGCGUUCAGAUGGUCUCAAUGUCACAGGUGGAUGCCUUACAACAGCCAAACCAAAGGCAGACCGAUCGUGUAACCCACCAUGCACCAAGCCACAGUCCCUGUGCACAGAGGCGGGUGUGUGCGGCUGUGAAGAUGGCUACACUGAAGUGAUGACAUCUGAUGGCUUGCUGGACCAGUGCACUGUCAUUCCAGUGCUAGAGAUCCCCACUGCAGGUGACAACAAGGCUGACGUUAAGACGAUCCGAGGCUUCAACCCCACUCAACCUGCAGCCAGCUCACCAGGCAGGGCAGGACGCACCUGGUUCCUGCAGCCCUUUGGUCCAGAUGGGAAGCUGAAAACCUGGGUGUAUGGAGUAGCAGCAGGAGCAUUUGUGCUGCUUGUCUUUAUAAUCUCCAUGACAUACUUAGCAUGCAAAAAGCCAAAGAAGCCACAGAGACGCCAGAUGAACAACAGACUGAAGCCUUUGACUCUGGCUUACGAUGGAGAUGCAGACAUGUAGAAGUCUUCCUGCUCAACGUACAAACAUUUGUCUUCUUUCAGAACUUACGGCAUCGCCGUGGAAACCCUUUGAUAUCAGCGCCAAUGCUGAGACUCGUUCACAUGCAAAAGAAGAACCUCAAAGAUCAAGACUGACCACAUUCAUUAGCAGCCUAGUUUUCCCCAUCUGUUUUUAAAUGUUCAUUUUGGCAUUUAUUUCACAAGAGCCUUCAUGGAUUCUUUGUUUCCUGCUGAAAGUCCUCCUUUGCUUCUUUGCCAUCUACCACUGCCCAAAAUAUUCAAACAACAGUCACUGAAUAGUGUCUCCGCAGAACAAAUACUUCUGUGAAAAUCAUUCCCUCAUUUUUUUCACUGCUCAGUGACAUUGCCUUGAUAUCACUUGUUCUGUGUCAAAUGAACAUUCGGAGGCCUGAGUGUCAUUAUGGCUUCGGUGCAUCUCACAAGAAACAAUAUGACGAGGAGACAAAAAGGAGCUUAAUAAAUCCCAGAGACAGCAUCACUUCUGCCUGCCUGUCCCUUCUCCAUUUUUCAGGGAUAAUUUUGCACUAUAUUAGUGCAGCAUGAUAUGUACUUAGGUCUAGGUAUGCCUGUCUCAAUACAGAUGUUGUAGAAAUGUACAGAAGAAGGCUUUUUGCAAACGAAAACUCACCAAUGUUUGUAAUUAUUUUUCUUCUAUUGCCUCUUUUUACAUGAUUUGAUGGGACUUUGUGUAAAUAGGAUUUUUUUAAUGUGGUCUCAACUUUAUCUUUCUAUUAUGUCUAGCUAAAUGUUCCAAACUCUGCCAGUUAAUCUCUGACAUUUUUUUUACUAAUUGUAACAAACUUUUUAAUUUCAAUUUAAUUUAUAUAGUGCCAAAUCACAACUUCAAGGCGCUUUAUAUUAUAAGAUAAAGACCCUACAAUCAAACCAACCCCCUUUGAACAAGCACUUGUUGACAGUGGGGAGGAAAAACUCCCUUUUAACAGGAAUAAACCUCUGACAGAACAGGCUCAGGGAGGGGCGGCCAAAUUUCAGAACCAGUUGGGGGUUGUGUGAUUUUAUCUUUGUAAAUACGUAACAUACAUCAAAAUCUUCUGUGGAAAAUUCAAACAUCAUGAAAGCCUUUAGAUUAUUACAUGGAAAGAACAAAGAAAAAGUCUAAAAAAACUAAACAUGGAAGAUAAGUUCAUCAUCAAAUUGUUUCUUUCAUCCCCAAGAACUCUCAGUUGAGUCCAUCUAAGAAAUAUUAUAUUUAACACCAAAUUUUUGACUUUAGCGCUGUUUGUUUGUUUGUUUGUUUUUAAUUCAUUAUUGAAAAUAAUGGCUUUACCAGUGGCUACUAACUUUGGACCACUUGUUAUUUACUUACGAUCAGCUACAAGUGUACAUCUUUAAGCUUGGUUCUGCACCAGUUAUGUGGUGAAUUUGGGAAUCUCUCAGCCUGGCUUUUUUCUGAUAUGUAGCUUAAAAAUAUUAUUUAUCCUCAAAAAUAAUUUAUUGGAAUUUUUUUUCUGUGGUUCUUCUCUUAAAGUCUUCUGUAUACCUUUGAUUUUUGACUCAUUUUGAAUUUGACCUCUGCCAGCCGAUAUUGCCUCUCCAGUGUAAUGUUCAUUGUCCAUCAGUUUAUGGAGUCUUCAGCAAUGUUGAAAACUAAUUGGUCUUUCAGCCCUUGAACUUUCUGUAUCAGAGGAUGAUGUCAGAACCUUUCCAGCUUUUCUAUUGUUUUCAAAGACUUUAGGAAGAAUAAUUGUGUAGAAAUGUUUAAAAGUGAAAAUGGCUGAAGUAAGCUGAAGGUCCAGUCACUCAGAAUGGAUAGUGUUGUAUUUAUUAGUACUGAGACAUUGCCGGAAAAUGGCAGUUUAAUAUUCUGUGGAGUUUGUUGGUAGUAAAUCAGUGGAAUGUUUAAUUUAUAUUUCUUGGAAAAUGAUUUGUAAAUAAAAUUCUUUUUAAAAAAAAAAGAAAAGAAAAGAAACAAACUUGGAAGUGUGAAUGUGGGUGCGCUAAACAUGAUAAGCUUGUGACAAAUAAGUCAAGUUUUCCUACUGUUUGUUUGUAUGUA